ACGAGCUGUAGGUGCCGUAGUGGGCGUUGUUGGCUUUACAGAUCCAUGUUUGUGAGUGAGAGUCUACAGCUUACAUUUUGACAAUUUAUCAUAUUCAGUGUUGAUAAAUCUAAAAAAAAUAUGAUUUCCUGAAGCAAUCCUGCUGUGGUUUUUAUGUGUGAAAUGUGUAAAAAAAAAAGAAAUUUCAAUUCAUUAUUAAUGAGAAGAAACACAUGCUUAUGUGUGAAACACUUUUUUUUGCCUUACGGUGCUGUCAAUAAUUUUAACAGAAAGCAUUGCACGUGUUUAAAUCCAUCCAAUAUUUUUUUUAAAAACAUUUUAAGUUGUUUUAUCCUUUCCGUGAAAUCUGCGGGAACCAGAGAAUGAAAACGUUGCCUAAAAUAGUAGAAGAAAACGCGCCAGAACAAGAUGAAAGUACAACACAUAUAGAAACUGCUUGUAAAAAAAUCCACGAUGUAACAAGAGGUACCAUGCCUGAAUACCCACAGACUGCAUCAAGCCAGACCCAAGUUACGUCGCUGUAUGGGCCGGAAAAUAGUUCUCAAGGCAUCGCAGUUUCAAAACAAACGUGUCACGGCUUGGAAAAAUCGCUGCGCAAUAAUACAGGGACCAGCGGAAAUGAUGACAAGCAGAGUCUGCCUACGGAGGAUGUUGGCAAGAUAUUGGCUGGAGCUCCUUCAACGUCUUCAUCAACAUCGUUUUCAUCGUCAACAGCACCAAGCGCGUCAGUGCGUGAGAAUUCAAAAAUGAAACAGAGCGUUAGCUCCCACCAACAAUCCGCAAGGUUCUCUCCAUCAAACGCCAAACGCCUAUUGCAGAAGAGGGCCCCUGGUGGAACCAACCAAUCACUAGCUUCUAUGGCUGACCAGCGUGGGUCAAACAAGCUUAACUAUCGCUCGGAAAAUAAGAUUUAUCUCAAACCUUUGCUUGAUGACGACUUUCUGGACUGGAUGGAGUGAGUAGACAUAAGAUAAUAGAACAAGCUAUUCAAUUUUAAAGUUAUUUUAUAUUUUAUCUUUAUUUGUCAAAUCUGCGAAAGACGUUUGUAUAUUAAGCUCUGAAAUGCGUCAUAUAAACUCCUUUUUAAAAAAAAAAGACAAAUCAGAAUAAAUUAUCAGUUUUGUAAAAAUGUAUUUCAGAUUAAUAUCUAUAAAACAUUAUUACGACAACCCGACAAGUAGCUAGGCCCUCACAAUCAAUUAAACAAAUUUACUCAUCUAUAGGUAAAAUACAGAACAUUGUGUUCUCGAUUUUCUUAUACCCGAUUUAAAGAGAACAUGAACACACCUUGCAACGUAUUCGUCCUUCAGGUUGUUCUUAAAGAAUCGUUAAAGAUGGCUACGAUUAGUAGCGGCACAUUAUAUCAGAUACUUUCAAUUAUUAAAAGAUGCGCCCCUUCAGUUACUCUCUACUCUUCUAAACCAUUGUGUUUUACAUUUAUAGAUGCGCCCCUCCAGUUAUCCUCGACUAGUCUAAACCAUUGUUUAGAUGCUGCUAGACAAGACAUGUAUCAAACAAGAAACACACUUAUUAAUCAUAUUCCCAUUUUAAUUAUGUCAGAAUCACUGCACAAAAAUUGUGUUGUUGAUCGUGUUCUAGAGAGAAGAAGGUGAGAACACCAAACAUUUAAGGAAAUGAUUAAUAGUUUUGAUAAUAUUACACCGCUCCAAAAAAGAUAAACGAAGGACUGGGGUGACGUGUUUUAUUACACUUUAUCAAACAUGAAUGAUUUAUUUAUGAUUCAGUUAUUUAUUUCUAUAUACACACACAAAAAAAGCAAGGAAUCAAAAUUAUUGCCGUCACUUUGGUAAAUAUUUACAUUUUCUGUUGUCAGGGAUGGUUCGCGAUGAAUUAAUUUAUCAUGGGAUAUUCAAUAAUGGUGUAAAUUGGAUGCAAACGGCAUGCACAUUUCGACAUUAUCAUUCAGUGAACAUUCCUGUCUCUAUUACCCAAUCAGUCUCACUGCAAACAGAGGUUUGUAUUUUAGAGUUUAAGGUACGAAAAGAUGCGUCAGCCGUUCUCAUUGUCCUGUUUCGAUUCACAUUUAAUUUGUUCAAUUUAUGUCCUUAUGUUCUUUAGAUAAGGGACACCAUCCAUACAGGCUAGGGGAAGGGGAUCUCCAAAUGGAGGAUUUGCUGAAAAAGGGGGGGGGGCACAGUAAGUGGUGGAAGUGCAUUGGGUUUUUCCAUAUUAGAUGAGCUGGAAAAGUGGUGUGAAAAAAAAACAAAAACAACAGCGUCCACCCCUACCUAAAAUUGUUUAGCUCCACACAAAAAUGUGAACUAGUUCAUGGGAAAAAUGCUAUUAAUAGCUGUGAGACUUCACGUGGGCUCAGUGUAAGUGUCGUUUCACCAGCUAGCUUAACAACAACAAAUAAAAAACAAAAACAAAAAAAAAACAAUCAACCAUUUCACGUCAACAAACUAUUACAUGUGUGCAGGUUCGACAACUGUGUGUGCCCAAUCUCAACCUUAAAGCUGGUUACUCCCCUCAUGUCGCGAACAGUUCCACAACGUCACGGUGCUGCGUUGAGGUUAAAGUUGGGUAGCGCGCAGCCCUGUAAUGUUCUACUUGUUGAGUUGAGAGGGACUUUUGAACGGUUUGUGUUGAACUGUGUUAAAAAAUUGCUUUUUUGAAGCCGUUUAUAGGAUGGCGUCGAGCUCGGUAGCAUUGCUGGCCGCGAUCCUGUGCGUGCUUACUACAUGUUUAAUAUCCUCACACCAAUAGACAUCAUUUAAUUUCUCCGUGGGAUUAAGUUGUAUUUGAUUUUAUACAUCCCGAAAUAAUUUUUGUUUAAAACUAUGUAUACAUCCUUCAGAUUAACUUCGCUUUUGUUCAUGUGUUGGUGGCAACAAAUUCGGAAAUGACUCUCUUCCCGUCAUCCUAUCGAGCUGAAACGUGGCACAUACACUAGCUUCCGAUUACAACUCAUUCUUUCAAAUUUUCAACCACCCCCCCCCAGCCCCAAAAGUCAAUUUUUCCUAUUUAUCAAGGGUGAAUUUUGAUUUGUACAAUGGUUGCGUGCUUUGGUGUGGAGAUUAAUUGUGUAGCUGUUGCUAUGUGCUUUGUAUUGUUGACAUAUGUGGCUUAACAGUAAAAACAAAAUGUAUUUCUUAAGGGGAAAAUAGAAGAAAUAUGAAAUAUGUUUUCGCCAGAAGUUGCCCAUUUACAUAAACGCAUUUUAAUAAACGAUAAUUACAUAAACGCAAAUAAAAUUACGUAGGAAGGUUUUUUACUCACAACUUUGUUUUUAAGGGUUAUUUAUUUGAGUCUAACGAAAGCGUCGAAUGGUAACAAACUGCGACUUUGCAUGUAAAAUUACCUUGUGCACUGUUACAUUAACGUUCGUUAUCUUUAUAUUUUCUCAAGAUGCUUCAAAUAGUUUUAUGAAAAUAACUAGAAUCAUGACACAUUAUAAACAAUUUAAAUUCCCCGACCUAAAGCAAGCUACCCCUCCCUUACACUGCCCCUCUCCUUACUCUGCCCUUCUUCUUUCUCUGUCCCUCCCCUUUACUCUGCCCCUCCCUUUACUCUGCACCUUCCUUUACUCUGCCCCUCCUUUUAUUCUGCCCACUCCCUUUACUCUGCCCCUCACUUUACUCUGCCCACUCCCAUUACUUUGCCCCUGCACUUACUCUGCCCUGCUCCUUACUCUGAGCCCCGUAUACUCUGCCCCUCCCUUUACUCUGCCCACUCCCAUUACUCUGCCCCUUUCCCUUACUCUGCCCCCUCCCAUUAAUCUGCCAUCAGUCCUUUCUCUGCCCCUUCCCCUACUAUGUCCCCUCCCAUUACUCUGCCUCUUCCAUUACUCCUCUCACUGCCCUUACUCUGCCCCUCCCAUUACUCUUCCAUCUUCCAUAACUCUACCCACUUCCCUUACUCUGCCCUCUGCCUAUAGCUACUUUUAAUUCGAAUAUUUUCCUUUUAAGAUUAUUCAAAUCAUUUUGUUUAAUAAUUUGACCUAUACUUAUCUAGACUAUCUCUGCGAUAUUCUUUACACAACUAUGUUACCUCAAUAAUGCACAUGAUUCACUUAGCGCCUGUAACUGUGUUUAGUCACUGGAAAGAUUGUAGUCGGGAAAUAAAAAAAAAAUAUAAAUGAAAUGCUUCCUGUUUCUCUAGUCAUUGUGGCUAUCUAUCCAAGCACAUGUUUCGCUGAGCCCAGUAGUAAAGAAACACCUCCACAAUAUUGAUUCGUUUCUCUACGGGUGUAACGAUGUUGAGAUAAAAUAUUAACCCGUGAUCGUUCCUGUUGUUUAUUCAAUACAUUCAGUAUUGAAUGUUGCCAUCACUCGUAGACAGUUGUUAAAAUCAAUUUGAGUCUGAUCGCUGGUAUUAAAAAAAACAACUAAAAAAAAAACUAUUCUUCUUGUUCACUUGCACGUCUAGCUUGGAGACGUCCGGAGUGGAAACACUUGUUGAAAACCAAACCCUGCCUGUUGUUUAAACACUAAUUCUUAAGCCCUGAUUGGAUGAUAUUUUGUAAUCCUUUUUAUGAACUUCCCUUCUGUUCGUGGAUAGCAAAAUCGUCGGACGGCCAACUGACCCACAUCCCGUCAAGCUAUCGAGCUGAAGCUUGGGACGUCGUUUAGUUGCCAAUGACAACACAUUCCAUCAAGUUUUCAGACCAAACCCCUAACUCUCCCCGAAAAACUCAUUUUCUUUCCUGUUUUUCAACCGGAAGAUGAAGGAAAUAUGAUGACCCUGAUUUCCUUCAUUAAAUAAAACGUCAUUUUCGUGUAUUUACACAAAAGGUAACGAUGAUGAGCUAAAUAACUAAAAUAUCUGUUCAUGUUUUUAAAAAAAUACUAAUGGUGUUAAGCCAAAUAACUGACAUAUCUCCUCAUGUAUCUAACAAACAGUUUUCAGCAGAAUAAUCUUAGACCGGACAACUCGCUGCCUUUCAUCAAACUAAAAAUCAACUUAUCUAAUGUAAUCGGACAAUUAAAUGAAUGGGUAUGGCUGAAGGUAAACGGAGGGUUCUUUGUCUGUUUACGUAAUCAUGGCUGAAGGUAAACGGAGGGUUCUUUGUCUGUUUAAGAAAUCAAGAGAAAAAAAUCACCGACUUAAUAUUUUAGUUUAGGAUUUAAUAAAAUAAAUACACAAAGAAAUUUUUUUUUUUAAAAUAAAAAUUAGCCAUCUUAUUUUAAAGAUAUGAAAGAAAAUCUAUAACAACACUUUUCAAAAGAUGUAUAUCAACCCACAAACUCCCCCUACAGAACUAUGUAAUAACAUGAAGAAUGAGAUCACUCAUACUCAUACCGUUUAAAUGGUUAUCCAUUAAAAUUGACAAGACACAAAAGUUCUGUACGCACGACAAUAUUAUCUUAAGUUUAAAGACAACCAAACUUUAGUUUUUUACAUAUAUAAAUAAAUCUAAUCCCUUGAGCGAUAUGUUUUUUUUUAAACUUAUUUUUUAACAUUCGUCACACUGCUUUGGAUACUUAGUUCACGCCAACUCAGUUUCGAAAUGUUUAUCGGACAAGGGGGGAAAAACGAUAAGAGUUACCACCCAUUGAAGUUAGUCACUCUACAAAAUAAAAAUCCUUGGCUUUAACUCUAUUAAUAUGAUCGAUAACUGGGUGAAGAGAGACAGGUUCGAUUUAGCCAACACGCCUGUCUUAUACUAGACAACGGCCUUGCGUGACUGGCCUAAAAUAUACUUAUUUGUUGUUUACAAUUAGGGGGUGGUUCAGUUGGUACUAAAAAAAAAAAAGCCCUCACGGACACUAGUUCAAAAGACUUGCUUUCUGAAAGGGGGCGAGACAUGGGGUAACAUCAAUAACCGUUAUACUUAUUUGUUGUUUACAAUUAGGGGGUGGUUCAGUUGGUACUAAAAAAAAAAAAAGCCCUCACGGACACUAGUUCAAAAGACUUGCUUUCUGAAAGGGGGCGAGACAUGGGGUAACAUCAAUAACCGAUAGAGUACGAAGAAGCCGUCUCACACCUCAAGGGUUGUGUUUGAAAGGGGGCGACGGUACGCCAAAUGGAGUCAGUAGAUAGCGAAAGUAAGCUAUCUCUUUUAUGUUGAGAUCGUAAAUCGAUAUGUGUCGGGUGGGAGUGGGGAGGGGGGAGGGGAGAGAGUUAAGGCUGUUUUGUAAUGGCUCUACGUACUUGCGGUGAACUGCCACAAUGGGCGUGAAGGGACUUGGAGUAACAGAGAAAUUGCUGUCCGUGAAGUUAGAAGAAUCCAACGUAAAUCUAUAGAGACUCUUUUAAUGAAAUUAUAGUUUUAUGAACUGUUGAAUGGGCGAGACUCGACCGAGUCUUGGGGUAUUAGGCUGUUUAUUUUGUUUACUAUGGUAAAUGGUUGGUCCUUGAGCACAUGGAGUUAAUGGCUUAUCGUUGGUUUAUGUUUAAAAAAAGGCUUUGUUACAGAGAUAAUAUUUUAUAUAAAAGGGGAGAUGUAGAGAGAUCUAUAUAUAAAUAUAAUGAAAGAGGGACAAAGAGGGAGAAAGAGGGAGGAGAAGGGAGAGAGAUAAAUGUAAAGAGAGAAAAAGAGAGUGAUAGAGAGAGAGAGAGAGAGAGAGAGAGAGAGAGAGAGAGUGAGAGAGUGUGGGGGCAUAUAGAGAGAAGGGAGAAGAAAGGGGGAAAAUGUUUUCAAGAAAUGAGAAUGAUAUAAACAAAGUUUUAAUAGCAACAACAGAAAUACACAUAUUUUCUUUCGAUUGAAAAAUGGCCUCUCUAUGUUAUGGGACUUCCUUUGAUAUACGCUACAUGUCUUGUAACAUGGACUAUAGCAUAAAUCCUGGACGACUGUUAACAUAACAGAGGCUAACCAUGCUUUGUGGGCUAAAAAGUGAGCUCUUUCGAAAUUACACACAACAUGUUAAGAAAAGACGAGAAGAUGAGAAUAAUCGUAGACUCGUUGGCCAUAGCUAAUCUUACUCUAUGGCCCAUUCUCACCGUAUUUAUGUGUAGUUCAUAUGUAGCUGCAUGGAACAGGAGAAAAAUUAUCGAUAUAGCGAGAGAGGUUUCAAUUUUGGUCAGGUCUCAAUAGAAGCAUUGCACUGCAUACGAGUAGGUAGACUGAAUUAGCAGAGCCGUCGGGUUCGACUGGUCGAUGCCUGGGUUUGUAAACAGUCGUGGGAACAAGUCAGUGUUGUGUUUCCAUUAGCAAGCUAGAGAUUAGGUCUGUGUUGCGUUUUAUUCAGUGGAAAUUGUGUGUUGAAAAAAAAUGAUUGUGUGGUUUUCAAAUGACGAUGCUGCUAUCUAUUCAUUUAUAGCAAGACUGGGAUCAUUUUCUUAAACUAAGUCAAUACCGAGAAUUUAAAAAAAAUAAUUGUUUGGAAGACUUACAAAAUAUUUUCGAAUUGUAAUAAAAUUAACUUUUCAUUUGCCUUAACGAAAUAUAACUUUUUUUUUUCAUUAAGAAUGUUUAUAUGUUUUUUAUCAAUGGGAAACUUAUAAGUAAAAAAGUGGAACUAGAGGAAUUUGACGUUUAAGGCUUACAAAUAGCUUUGAUGGCGUUUUGUUUCGUGGUCCAAAAGUAGUCCUCAUUGAUUCGUCGCCUUCUUUGGUUGAUCAAUCUGAGUUUGGACAAAGCCGAAAAAGUGUCUUUCCAUGCUAGGAUCUUAGUUUUGAUCCGUAAAACGAAAUCUACUGGGGGGGGGGGGGAAACGAUUACGCUUUUUAAUAAACACAUGUCUUUUUUUAAAAAACCCACAACACAACUUAAUUUUUUUUUUAGUCAGCCCCGGUAUAAAUCCUUCAUUAAAUAUUCAUCUUAUCCGUUUAAAAAACGUUUUAAAAUAAUCAUAAAAAUAUUUGUGUUGAUCCGUAAAACGAAAUCUACUGGGGGGGGGGAAACGAUUACGCUUUUUAAUAAACACAUGUCUUUUUUUAAAAAACUCACAACACAACUUAAUUUUUUUUUUAGUCAGCCCCGGUAUAAAUCCUUCAGUAAAUAUUCAUCUUAUCCGUUUAAAAAACGUUUUAAAAUAAUCAUAAAAAUAUUUGUGUCAGACUAGUUUGUAAAUCCUUCCGUGUAUGACAAUAUACUCAUAAUUUCUUUCCACUGCUACCAUAAGCCGAGUGUUUAAGCACCUGUAGAAAUUUUACAACGUCAAGGAUCGUCUUUUUUUUUCAUCUUAAACACAACUUUUAAAAUUUGAUAAGCCUGGGUUGGCGUUGCAUCCAGCGGUUACCAAUACUAUUAGUCGUAAAUCAAUGCUGCCCACUGCACUCCCCUUAUCAAGCACUUCUCCUGGACGUGUAGAAAACCUUUCAAUUAGUCCAACUCUUAGCAACCCAUGACGUUUAGCAAAUUUUUCCUACUGAGACCAGCAAAAAAACUCAUUCAAUCAGUGUCAAUAUAUUCGAGGCCCCCCCCCCCCCCCCCAAACAAGACUCUGAUCGUUACGUGAUAAAGUGUGUGUGUGGGGGGGGGGGCGGGGGUUAUGAUAAAAGGAGAGAAAGUAAUAGCCGACAUUCUGACAUGGGUCGCGGAGUCAGCACUGUAAGAGACGCCAAACUAUCGGAAAUUACCAUUUAAUGGUGAACUCUUGUGUCAAUACGCGACUUAAUAUCUCCAUACGUUAUUUACAUAAAUCGUGGGAGCUUCCCGUCUGAUAGAUGUGUAGGAGAGAUAACUCACUUUCACCCACACGAGACCAAGGACGGUUUCCGAAUGAUAUUAGAUUCGUCUUAAAGUAUGCAGUUGUUUUUUUUUCUCUUUAGUUCAGUGUUAAGUACAUUUGGGCGUGUAAGCGAAUGCAGAUUCAAAUUGCGUCCAAACGGCCAUGAGAUCUCAAUCAAGUCAGGGAGUAGCCGUGGUAAUCAAUUGGUGACCGAACACAUGUGAGAUAGAAGUGAGAUAGAAGUGAGAUACCAUUGAACUAGAAGGGAGAUAGAGGUUGUAAAAAUGUCAACCGCAUCGAAGCCUUCAUCAAUUACAAACUCUGUUGUCCCAGUUGAUGUGCAAAGUAUUUUAUCGGAGGAGAUCAUUAUCAUCGAAGAAGAAGAAGAAGACGCUCACGAAAACGGCUUAGAAGUAGACGAUCACAUUAGGUAAAUGUGAACCAGGUUUAUCUUAAUAUAUAGUCUAUUGUUUUUAUUAUUAUUAAUUUUUUUUAAAAUUGACAAUAAAUGCCGUCCAUUAACUAUGACUUUUUAAAUGGACGCCAUAGUUUUCCCUUGAUUAAAAUCAAUAAUAGUUUAUUAAAAGUUGAUAUUUUAUUGAAGAGACCUAUCCUUUUAAUCAUUAGGAAAUAGUCAUACUGAAUGCCAAGGUAAAUUGUAUGAAUUGUCGUGUUUCUGUCAAUAUUUAGGCGAAGUGAUGAACGCUCAUAUGGAUGUCCUCGGAUUGGUAAAUAUUUAUAUCUCUGCAUGGAAACACAUGACCAGCCAUGCUGCCAGUUUUGUAAUUUAUUUAUUUCAUAUCGAGUGAAAACGAGGGAGGGGGGGGGUAGUAAGGACCCCCAGGCGGUGGGAAUCAUCUUUUUCUAACAGAAACAUAAUGUUUUUUCGUAACAAGUUACCCUUUAAUGGGAAAUUCUUGACUCCUUACUUGUUACACCAUGCUGAAAUACCCAGAAUGUGGACGAAUGAUUAUACUAUAUCGUUACUAACCUUACAAACACAGUUUCUCAUCGUAUUAUACAAACCUUUGAUUUCACUCGUAGUUUAUUGUGUAUAUAUGUUUGUUUUUGGUGUGUUUAUUUUACGUUGUCCGUUAAUCCCUGAUCCAUUUUUUUUAAAAAUUUCUUCAGACGCUUCGGCAUAUCAAUACAAUUUCCCGGUUUCCUAAAACUAUUUCCAGUUAAGUUCCUUUCUGUUUGUUUGUUUCUUUAUUCUCUAUGUUUAGCUGAUGAAGUCUUCUUAGUCGACAUGACCCGUUGUUUUGUCGUGUGAACCCUCAGGAUCCCCCUCUACCCUGUGUAUUACAUUUGAUACCGCUUUAACUUGAACUAAGUCCACCCUAUUUUUACACUUAUGACCAUGCCUGUAUUAUAAAACCCGUUUUCUUGUAAAGUUACACCAUUUGGUGUACACAACGCAUGAUUUUGUGGACUAGCUGUAUAUGAUUACAUCAAUAGGUGUAAACAACACACUAUUUUGUGGACUAGCAGUGUAUGAUUACAUCAUUUGGUGUACACAACAUAUGAUUUUGUGGACUAGCAGUGUACGAGUACAUCAUUUGACUUAUUCAAAACAUGAUUUUGUGGACUAGUGUCGAGUAUGAGCGUUCAUUAGUACUUGUUGCGACUGAAUAUUAUGUAAUUAUCUAAAUGAUUACAUCAAUAGGUGUAUACACCACAUGAUUUUGUGGACUAGCAGCGUAUGAUUACAUCAUUUGGUGUACACAAAACAUGGUUUUAUGGACUAGUGUCGAGUAUGAGCGUUCAUUAGUAAUUGUUGCGACUGAAUAUUAUGUUUAUUGUGUAAAUCAUUACAUCAAUAGGUGUAUACAACACAUGAUUUUGUGGACUAGCAGUGUAUGAUUACAUCAUUUGGUUUACACAACACAUGAUUUUGUUGACUAGCAGUGAAGAAUUAACAUACAGCUGAUAUUUCGCUUUUAAAUAAGUCUUUCUUUUGCACGUAUCGAACGUUUGUAUACUAUGAAUUUAAUUUGUUCUCGCAAUUUGCAUCUUUACACAAAAUGAUUUUUUACACAAAUGCCUAAUUUCGAAAAAUUUAGGCUCAAAUUUAAAAGAGUACAUAAGCUCGAUAAGAGUUGUUGAAUCAUUGAUUUCUAGUGCGCCUCACCCAGCCUCAGAGUGGAGUUUGUUGUCCUAUGUAAAUAUUUUAUCCACGACAAGCCUGCAUUAUUAUUUAUCACUGGUGUUCGAUUUUCAAUAAAGUCAAUAAAGUGGGUUACAACAAGUUGUUCAUAUUCUCUACAUGCUUCUGUAGCCGUCAUUCAAUUCAAAUGAGCCACCAGCUAGGCUCAGAAGAACUGGCUUUGUAUAAUGCAAUAGUGGGAUACUCGUACCUGAAUUGAUAUGAGCCACCAGCUAGGCUCAGUAAAACUGGGUUUCUGCAAUGUUUUGACGGGCCACUUGUCCCAGCAUUACGUCAUGACCGCGUUGAUGAUUUAACAUAAAAUAAUAACGACCCUGGUAUAAUUCAGUUACAUGCAUUGACAUGGUUCCCCACCUGUUCACGACUGUGCAUAUAUGGACACUUGAAAUACUUAAAAUCGUGUAAACAUUUUGGCGUGCUUGGCAUCAUUUUACUUUCUCACAACGACACCGGAAACUUGAUAUGAUACACGUUGCCAUUGACGAAAAAAAAGGGUGUUAAAAUAUCCCACAAAAUGUGUGACGUGUGUGGACGCACAUUUAAAGAAGGGGAUUAAUGAAACCUUUAAUACUAUUGAACACUAUAAUCAUUUAUUUCAAUUUUGUAAAAUUAUGCAACAAAUUUACUUUUAAUUUAAAUGAUAACCCUACUCACACGUGUGCAUGUAUGACUUUUCUCGUAUGACAAUCAUCUAGCCGGCCUACUGUGUUGUCAUGCUGAACGUAGCUCAAAACGCGUCACAUCUAACAAUAGCCGAUCAAUGAAAAUCGCGUAUAAACGGAAAAUUUAAAUGUCGACCGGUAAGAAGGCGAGUUUUAAGCAAAAUGUAUGGAUUGGCGAAAUAAAGCGUUCCUGUCAAGGAUUGCAUCUGGAGAUUUUAGCGGGCCAUACCAAUAAACAAUAGAUGGGAUUACUUUUCGAUCGAUAUCAAAUAUGUAUAUGUAGCGUAAUUAUAUUAUAAAAGGAAAGAGCGCAAAAAUGUCUCUAUUUUUGGAAAAUUUUUUUUUCCCCCCCCCCCCCCCAACACAAGUCUAAAUUUUUACACACCUUACUAUUUUAAAAAUCUCAUUUUUUUAAAAAAGCAUAUACACAAGAAUACUGUUCCUCGUCAUUUUUCGACAUGCGCGUAACGUAUACGCGAAUGAGUUUCGUGACAUCUAAAUCCAACAGUCUCGUUUAGUUUUGUUUUCGGCUUCAGUUUUGGCCUAAAUUCAAUUUUAACUUUCGGAAAAUCACAUUCGGGUCGAUCACUAGUUAAUAGACACCCCACCCUAGAGGUCACUAGAGGUCAUUUUAACUUUGAUACGGUUUCCACGUGUCUGGAAACGAACCCAGGCCAAAUUCCUAACUUCCGAUCUAUGUGAGAGCAACUGUCCUGUCUUCUGCAGCAGGCGGUACUUAGGUCAGGUGUCGAUAUGUUUUCCUCUGACACAUGUCAGCAUUUCGCCGCUGUGGGAAAUGCUUUUGUCCCAGUGGCUGUUGACUUAAAAGUGGGGUGUAUUUCAGCGGCUCUCUUGUCCAAAGAAAUCUAUUUUUAAAAUGCCUUGAAAAGUCAUUUUAACUAACAAGUAAAUAGUGCCUCACACCAUGAAAAUGGAUUGGGGCAAGCUUUUAUUAAAUGUAGGGCCAUUUGAAAUUGAAAAAGAAAAUGUUUCGAACUGACUUUAUUAAUUAUAAUUUGUACAUUUGUGAAAUUAAAAGCGCCCAUUUAUUGGUCUACCAGCGUUUUAUGUGUACAACUUUUAUUAUACAUAAAUUGAAUCUAUUGACCUGGUUAUUUGAUAUAACGACUCCCCUUACUCAUUUUGAGAACGCCUAUUUACAAGCAUGUUGAAAUUUAUUGGCACGUCCUUGUGUGGCCAGCGAGAUUUAUGGCUUGUGCAGAGCAUACAUUAGCAACGUCACCCUGCGCUGAAUUUUUCACACGUCUUGUCAAAGAGAUUAAUUAUAUAGGCGUCACAGCCUCUUUUUUUUCAUUUUUAAUAUUUUUUUGUUUUGUUUUUAAAGUAGCAUUUUUUAAACUAAUACAAACAUUGUAAACACGUGUAUGUAUUGAAAAUAAACAAUAAUAAAUAUCUAAACGACAUGGUUUAAAAACUACAAUGGAAACUACAUAUAAUACACGCGAUCUAAAGAAAUAUAUAUGUUCUGUAUAGUUUUGGUCUUGUUGUCUCAUGACACUGAACUCGAUUUAUUUUGAAGGUUUGAUCGGGUGGCCCAAAAUGCCCGCCUUGAGGAACACAUGAAACUGCACCACUUGGAACAGCUGAUGGAUGCGUUCACACACCACAAACCAAAAGACAUUCUCCUACAAGAGGGGUCGGGCUACUUCCCGCCAAAAGUUCUGAAGAGGACGCCCGGGUGCAUGAACCUUGAGGAGUUCAAGGACACAAUCUUCAGAACUCUCGGCACGGACGAGUACGAUGACUACUUGGAGAAACUGUUUAUGAAAGUGAGCUUUUGGUUGUUUUUUUUGUUUUUGUUGUUUGUUGUUUUUUUUUUUUUGUGUGUUUGUUUGUGUACACAAACGAAACUUUAGUUCUGGAUGCGUACAUUACUUGGAUAAUACAAUUUAAAACAAUCUGUACACAUCAAGAGAAAGCUGUUGGUUAAUACGAUCAACCCAUCUACAGUAUCCUCUCUAGGAUACGUUAAAAUGCAACUCUUUGUUUUUUUAAUUUGACUUUUAGUGAUCAAAAUAAAAUUAUUAAAAAGUGAUUUGUGUCAGUGGCUCUACAAAUAUAUAGCGAUACAAACUACAAAAAAAAAACAAAAAAACAAAAACAAAAAAAAACCGUGAAAUAAUACAUUAGACUUGCAUUCAACUAAUAAAAAAGCUAAUACUUUUUAUCCUCUCUAGGAUACGUUAAAAUGUAUUUCUUUGUUUUUUUAAUUUGUCUUUUAGUGAUCAAAAUAAAAUUAUUAAAAAGUGAUUUGUGUCAGUGGCUCUACAAAUAUAUAGCGAUACAAACUACAAAAAAAAAACAAAAAAACAAAAACAAAAAAAAACCGUGAAAUAAUACUUUAGGCUUGCAUUCAACUAAUAAAUAUGCUAAUACUUUUUUUGUGAGGUGAUCGGGAAAAAAAAUGAUUUUUAAUUUUUGAAAGAAAAAAACGUUAAUUUCUAAUUGCAUACAGUGUAUUAAAUAUCACGAAUCAAACCAACAAUUAUAUCUCUGAAUCUGGAAGGUCGAGGUAGAGUAUAAAUGCACACUUUGUUCUUGACCAAGCUUUAUUCUUGAUAUACCAGCUGGACACCUCCAGUGAUGGUUACGUCGACUGGAAUGAAUUCUGCUCCUACUUGCUGCUGACCUUCAGAGAAAAUGACUACCUACGCACAAAAACUGAGAUCCCGUUUAUGCUGGAGCCCAAGAUACGUCAUAUAGUACAUAACAGGGUGAGAUUUAACAGAAAACGAGUUGUCCAUUCUUAGAAGGUUUGUUGUGUGAUAAAAUAUUCUAAGGACAACUACUAGCCUCUGCGUUCUAUUUUGGAUCUGCAUAUUUUUAUUAGUCAAAUAUUCAGUUGGAAAAUAAAAAUUAAAUAGCAUGUAAUUAUUUGCUCUCUUAUUGUUGAAAUAUAAUGAUAACUUUAGCAAACAUCUCGGACGUGCAAAUGUUUAUUGGAAAAGAUUCACUUGUUUUGACCAUAUUCAUCAUAUUGUAGUUUUUUUUACCGUUUUAAACAAACCUUGUCAUUCAUAACUGGGUAAAUGUCUCUAUUAUUACAGCAAGAGCAGACCACUAAAAUUGUAGCUGUGCAUGCCCCUGUGAGAUAUGUGACAAUCAGCAGGGUGAGUGGAAGUCUUACGAGACAGAACAUUUCCUUUUCCCUAGACAACAGAGAUUUAUAUAUUAAAAUACCAUCGGAAUGACUUAAACCAGCAGUUUUAUAUCGCUAAGUACUGGUAUUGUCCGUAUUUACCAUUACCGGUUGGUGUAUUGCUCGUAAUUAAACAACCCCAUCAAACUAAGUUUUUCGUUUAAAUCCUUGACAUGUAUUUUUAAACCGCCGAUUUAUUUCACCAACUAUUUAAAAAAAAAUAUAUAUUUAUUUAAAAAAAAUUACACACUAAACGAAAUUGCGAUAUUUUUUUCGUUAAAAUCUCAUUUAGCUCAGGAUUCUGUAUUUUUAUUUCGUGAAAUAAGUGUGAUCAUAUUUCCUUAAUAUUUCCUUUUAAAUACAGAAAUAACCGACUUUUGGGGGUGGGGGUGAACAUUCGAGACAAUGUUUUGUCAAUGGCAUCGAGUCUAUGUGCUGAAUUUCAGCUCGAUAGGUUGACGGUAGUAUUUUACCACCCAUCCAGGAGUAAAGACACGAACAGAAGCGGAGUAAAUAUAAAUCAUUUAAUUAAAAAAAAUUAUAAAAUAUUUUGAAUUAUAAUUUUUUUCUCCGCCUAUGACAUCACGGUGUGUCAAUAGAAGGGGGCGAUGCGUGUAUGCCAGCCUAACAUUUCAUUUUUUUUUUUCUACAGGAGGGUGCAAUGAGUGUGUGGCAACCCAAUAUGGCCAUGGAGAAACACUACACGGUGUCUGACCAGGAAGACGAUCAGAACAAAAGGCGUUUCAAAAUGUGGGUCACGGACGCCGUCUACAUGCAGAAUUGUCAGAAGAUUGCCAUCGCCUCGACCAGUCGUGACAUUCGUUUUUUCGACGUGUCUUCUUCUCAGUAUUUCGAGGAAUACCAUUUAUUUGGUGAGUACCAUUUAUUUGGGAAGUACCGGUAAUUUGGCGAGUCCCAUUUAUGUUGUCAGUUGUGAGUACCAUUAUUUUGUGAGUGCCAUAUAUUCGGAAGUACCAUUUUUUGAUGAGUACCAACUUAUUUUGUGAGUACCAUUUAUUUGGUCAAUACCAAUUUAUUUAGUGAAUAGCAUUUAUUUGGCGAGUAGCAUCUAUUCGGGAGUACCAUUUAUUUGGUGAGUUCCAUAUAUUUGGUAAGUAUCAUUAAUUUGGGAAGUACCAGUAAUUUUGUGAGUAUCAUUUAUUCGGCGAGUACCAUAUAUUUGGUGAGUACCAUUUAUUUGGUGAGUACCAUUUACUUGGUGAGUACCAUUUACUUUGUGCGUAAUCAUAACCUAUGUUGCGUACCUCAUUCAUUUCAUGAUUCUCAGUUUCUUCUUAUUUGUAUUUCUAGAUUGCUACAAGCACAAUACUGCGAUCUUCACUUAUCCCUGUUAGGGGGAUUUCUGUUAAUUCCAUCUCACCUCUGCCGUCUCUCUCUCUUUCUCUCUGUAUCUCUCUCUCUCUCUCUCUCCUCCCUUUCCGACUCUCUCUCUCUAUAUCUCUCUCUCUCUCUCUCUCUCUCUCUCUCUCUCUCUCUCUCUCUCUCCACAGACAUAUUUAUGUUUGUGUUCUCUGCUCUUCCUUUUUUCUUUCUUUUUCUCUCCUCUGUCCUCUCUCUCUCUCUCUCUCUCUAUCUCUCUCUCUCUCUCUCCUCCCUUUCCGACUCUCUCUCUCUAUAUCUCUCUCUCUCUCUCUCUCUCUCUCUCUCUCUCUCUCUCUCUCUCACUAACUGCAGACAUAUUUAUGUUGGUGUUCCCUGAUCUUCCAUUUUUCUUUCUUUUCCAUGAGUUCCAUGAAUGGGAAUUCGGAAUACUUUUUAUGUUGUCGAUACUUUUACAUUACUUUUCAAUGUAAUUUUAGCCCUUUAACAACAUUGCAUAGCGUUUCUUUUCAUUGGCUUUCAAAAGAAUUUACUUUUUGUUAUAUAACUGCCUAUUUUUAUUUUUGUAUUUGCUUCUCAUCAAUUUCACAAAAAUCGGCUGACGAUAUCAUUGUGCCUAUUGUACAUUAAAGUUUAUUUUAUUUUUUUACAAACUUUAACGUUCAGCUUGUUUUCAACUCAAAACAUCCAUGGCUCUAACUCCACAGCGAUGGCUGACGUUCCUUACUGCCUAGAUUACUAUUAUAAUACGAAGGUAAGUGUAAAAUUUUCUCAGUUAGAACUCUUUUUUUUUUCCCUGCUAUAUUGCAAUCCGUUAAUUUGACUUUGUAAAUAUAUUUAAUAGAUUGAAAUGUUUACUCACAAAAAAACUAAUACCAGGGGUAUGCUAAUUGGAGGAGCUUGGUCGCCAUUUCAUCUAAACUAGUUUCUUGUUUCCUGAAUUUAGUGGGGUUUUUUACUCAUAAAUACGUUUACUGAAUAAAUGUGCUUCGUAUCAUAAUUCAACAUAAGAUUACAAUAAUAUUACAUUAAUAGUAUCUACUCCGGAUCAUUCGAUUGUUUCUAACGUAGUAAAUAUUCGUAAAACACGAAUCUUGCGCUAAAGACCUGUAAAUACCAUCUUUUCAACCUACAGCAACCCAACAGUGAGUCUUUGCUGAUAUUUGGGGUGGACACCGGCGCUAUACAUCUACUCAAUUUUCUGAAACCUGUUACGCAGCUUUUUGAGAACCCUUUCAAAAACGACGGAGGGGGGCAACAUAUUUUUAUGCAGGUAAACUCCUAUGGCUGUGCAAAAGCACAUUAAAGUAGCUGGAAGUAUUUUAUAGAUCCAUUCAAUCUGUUUGUUAUCAAAAGCAAUUAAAAAAAAUUUGCUCUAAUCGUAUUAAUCUUUUUUAAUAAUAAGCAAGCAGAAAUCUAUUUCAUUAUCAGCCGAAACUUGUUUCAAACAUUCUUACGAUUCUUCAACUUCUGUGGUACGAUCACGAAUGAAGUUAUACCAUUUUAUCCCCCAGGACUUGUCACAUCACUGUCAAUGGGUCAAGCACACUGUCCUCACGGACAUUCACUCAGAGAUCAUACGCCAGGUGCGGUACCUGCCGGACAACGAGGCCAUUAUAUCAAGCUCAGCGUCACCCAAAAACUCCAUCGUCAUCUGCGAUACCAUUGGGGUCAAGAAGUCUUACGUCUUCAAACUGGAGAAGGUUUGUUUUCAUGGCUGUCAGAAAUGUAUUUUUGUAUUUUUAGCUGAAUAAAAUUCGAACUUUUAAGCACAGUUUCUAUGUAAAAUGUUCAAAUGUGCAUAAAGCCAGAAUCAUCAAUAAGUUUAUCGUGGGCCCUCAAACUAUGGAAGAAGAAGAUGAAGCUAUGCGAACGAAUCAGCUAAUUUGUGUCCAGUUAUUCAAACAUGAACAAUUAAAUGAUAGUAAAACUUUUUUUUUUUUUUUAAAUGUAUAUCUGUAAAAUAAAGCAUUUUAAAAUCCUUUAAUAUUAAUUUCGCUUUUGCUUGCCAAGGGAAAACCCUUGGAAGGCUAAUCGACCCACCCUCCCGCUAGCCAAUCGAAAUGAAACUAGGCACACAGAGUCGCAACCCACAUUUUAGAAUUUCAGCCCAACCCCUCCUACCCAGAUCCCCAGAAAUAAGUUUGUCCUGUAUUUCAAGGGUAAGAUUGAGCAAAUAUGAUGAACAACAAUUUUAAUAAUUUAAAAUCCUUAUUAAGGAUUUAUACGAACAGCUUAGUUUUUAGGGAUUGUUUCAUGAAAAUACAUUUCGGAUUCUUUGCUUUAAACAAAAAUUCAAUUCUUUAAACAGCGCAUGAGACAUGCUCAACUUUGUUUCAGGGCGCCGAGUGCUUUGAUCACAACAAGAACCUCAACUUGCUGGUCACUGGUAGUGGAGACCAUAUUGUACGCCUAUGGAACCCAUACGUGACCACUAAACCUGUGGCCGUUUUGGUUGGACACGCCACCAGCGUCAUAGGUGUAGCCAUUCACGAAGGAUUCCGACAAGUCUUUAGCUACUCAAAAGAUGCGGUAAGCUGGAUAGUACUUUCACCAUCUAGAUCGCGUAUGUGCGUGCUUAUCUAUUACAAGUACUACAAACGUAACCAAACACUUGGUAAUUACAUUUUCUAAGGAUAAAACCAGAGGUUUUUCUGCUUUUUUCUGACUUUAUAAUUAAUAUAUAAAACAAAUCAAUCAAGUUUUUAAAUAACGAUAGCUUUCAGUAAGUUUUUUUUUUUUUUUUUUUUUUUUUUUUUUUUUUUUUUUUUUUUUUUUUUUAAAAUAUAUUAUUUUUUAAAAAAAAAAAAAAAAAAAAAAGUUAAAAGACAAAAAAACAACAAAAAAUGUGUUUUCAAAUUAUUUUUAAAAAAUCUUGUGACAUCUUUCAAUCUGAUUCCUGUGUUUCAUCAGUCAAGCCUAGAAAGCAAAGACUCUCUCUCCACGUCUUCCAAGAUAUUCAUUGCUCCCUCUAUACUCUAUACCUAUAGUGUUUCCAAAUAGGGUGAUCUAAGCUAUGCUCUAUGAGAGCACGUCUGAGAGUAGACUGCAAAGUGUACAGAAACAUAUUGUAUUCAAUGAAGUGCUCAGGCCUGUCUUAUGACUUAUUAGUUCCGUUCAUGACCACUAAGCAAUUUUUGAAGGAAUUUAAUAUUUUUGUAUUGUUUUUUUUCUAUUUACCGAGUUUGUGGUAAGUUGAGAUGACAUACAGGCGCAAUGAUUGACUUGGCAUACAGGCGUAUAAUAUGUUACAAAAUUCCGAUAGGUCGAGAUGAUAUAAAGGCGUAUAAUUAUCUCUAAGUUUUUCAUAGAUUGAGAUAGCACACAGGCGUAUAAUUAUUUACAUAUUUCUGAUAGGCCGAGAUGGCCUUCAGGCGUAUAAAUAUUUUCUUACAUCAAAUAUUUUUUUUAAAUGAAAACACACACAUCUAUUUGAACGUUUUCAACAGGUUGUCAAAGUGUGGGACACAAAAGAACACGUCUGUUUGCAGACGGUAACCUUAAAAUUUCCUUCCGCUCUCAACGGGCGCAUGCCCGAACACGGUCAGUUUCCUGUCCACUUGCAGGGUCCACCUCACAGCGCCUUUGUGGUCACCUGUAACGAUUACAUAGCCGCGCUGAGGUUGGGUAAAGUGGAAGAAAACACGUCACACCUGGAGGUGACCCACGACACCCAGCUCUGCAGUGCCAUCUACAAUAAGUUUCUCAAACAGGUUUGGACUGGAAUGGAUUUAGUGCUAAAUUAAUUAUUUCAGAAAACCCAAUUGGUGAAGCGAAAACCGAAUUAAUUAAUUUUUUAGAUGAAUGAACUAUUUCCCCUAGCAUUUAUUCAAUUAAUUUUAAUGAAACGUACUUUUGAAGUUUAAAGAACUAAUGCUUGAUGAUAAAAGCGUUGUUGGUUGUUUAAAAAAAACAACAACUUAAAUUUAGAUCCAAUCUUCUGAUAUGAUAUGCAGUUUAAGAGUUUUUGGCGAAACAAAAUCUGUGGAUUUUGACAAUUGGAAAUGACUAUUGAUUGAUAUAUCUUGUUAGCCAUUUUAUUAAAAUGAUAAUGCAUAUUAUUAUUAAAAGUUAUUUAAUUACAUUGAAAUAUAGGACUUCAUAAUUUUUGGACGUAUUUUCUGUCUGUUAGGUUGUCACCGGAUGUGACUCGUCCACUAUUUCCGUCUGGGACAUUGAGACAGGCAACAGAUCCACCGUUUUAUCCAACGCUCACGGGGAUGAGGAGAUCACAUGUAUAAACUUUGACUCGACGUACAGGCGACUCAUCUCUGGUGCCAGGAAUGGGGGCAUCAAGGUCAGCGAUCCUCAAACCUCGUUUUUUUUUUAAACGUCGCUGUGAACGUGUUAUUCUCCUCUUUGAAUUGACCUUAUUAAAUGGCCUAGUAAUUAAUGUAUGGUUGAAGACACACAUGGGGAAGAAGCAAAGUAGUCGAAUUAAAUUUAACAGAUAUUAUCGAGCUUUGAUUUUUCUGUUGUAUAUUUGUUGCAUAGCAAAAUACAAGAGAAUGAAUGUAAUUAGUGUAACAGUAUAUGUUUUUUUUUUAAAAGGCUGUUAAACUGACAGAGUAAAGCGGGUAUCGGCAGUUUUUAAAUGAUUUAUGAAAAGUAUGAAGAAAAAAAUGUAGACACCAAUCGUUGAAACCAAUUAAUUUAAUUUCAAGCUAAUGUUCUUGUCACACAAUUUUAAGUCAGCUCUCCACUUCUAUAAUCUCAGUGAGUCCUUUGUUAUGACGUGCCCGGUUUUUUUUACCAUUCACUUGCUAUGACCCUCAAACAAAUGCCGGCGGCAGUGCGUGACCUUCCCCGUUUACUAAAUUUAUUUGACACAGCAUGCAUUAAAGCAAUGCACGUUAUUAGAAUCUCCAGUAGUGCUGACCACGCCCCAUGGUGCGCAACCGAACACUUUUUUUCCACGACCCUGAUCUCUUAUUGAUAAUGUGCGACCCACUUUUAAAUUGCAAAUUUAUAGCAUCAUAUUUUGAUUAUGCUCAGUUCACACUCAUUAUUUGUGCGUGUUUUGUUGGUUUGUAUGUUUGUUUUUUGUUGAAAAAACAAACAAAUGGGAAUUUGAUCAAAUAGUAAUUUGAAAGUUGUGACGAGGCUUCAUACAAAUAUCGCAUUAAAUGUUGGGUCACAAAAUUUUGAUCGUGUGAACUGAGCAUUAGACUACGUCCGUACAACAAAAGAAUAUAAAGUGCAUCAAACUUUCGGUAUUUUGUAAGAAUCUCAUCAAGCGCAGAUAUCCGAAAUGUUAUUAUUCUCGUUAUUGAAUUCACCUUUACACCAUACUUUCCUUUCAUACCUAGAUAAUGACACGUAGUGAUGGUAUUAUUCUGUUAAAAAUGUGUUCUCCUCUUAUUAUGGGAACAUGGUUGCCAUUUUUUCAUUCUACUUCAGGUAUGGAAUUUCCAGAACGGUCACAACCUCCACAAGCUCGAGGCGGUCGGUGAGCAUGAGGUCACAGGUAUCCUACAACUGCCUGAGAAGAAAGUCAUCCUGGCUGUCGGCUGGAACCAGAAGAUUGUUACCUAUGACGACACGUCAGCAGACGUACGUGUAAUUUCUUGUCCAACUAGAAGCCACAAAAACAAUUUUAUAUCAAAUGAAUAGUUCAAUAAUGGCUAAAGUAAAAAAAAAAAAAAAAAAAAAAAAAAAAAAAAAAAAAAAAAAAAAAAAAAAAAAGAAAAAAAAAAAAAAAAAAAAAAAAAAAAAAAAAAAAAGAAAAAGCAAUACAAUAAAAAUGCCGUCUGUCUUAUUUUAUGAGCCAUAGUUCAAAAAUAAAUAGUUAACGCAUCAUUUCUGAUAAUUAUUCUGUUUGAGAUCGUAAAAAUCUUUAAAUAAGUUUAACUUGAGAACAGUAUACAAGAAAACAAAGGUUUUGGAAUCAGAAGCUUUUUUAAAAUAUUUAUAAUUGCCACAAACUUUAAUUAAACUGUAAAGUCAGAUCUUAUAACUUCAAAAAAAAUUUUUUUUUUUGGACAAAUGACUAGAACAUGUUCAUCGCUGCCAAUGCGUCGUGGAAGGGAGGACAGUUGCACAAUGAUGACAUUCUCUCAGCUGACUUUGUUGCCCCAAACUUCCUGGUCACGGCGAGUUUUGAUGGGGAAAUCAUCGUCUGGGAGGCUGACACGGAGAAAAUCUACGUCAGGCUGAGGAAAGGCCAGCCCACUAAUAUGUCAGUGAUAGUUCUCUAGUCAUUCGUUAGACUCUAUUAAAGUCAACAAUCGGGGAAAAAAGACGAAAUUAAGUGUCGUGGAACUAUAAAACUGUAAUGCUUUUAAAGUAAGUCACUUUUAAAAGAACCGAACUAUUUAUAGACUGAUAAAAUUGCACACACGAUUUCAGCUCUAAGAAACUGGAGGCGCUGAAGUCUCCGCUGAUGGGCCCAGAAGAGCGCCCCCUGUCAAGGACAGCAACCUACAUCUCCAGGCCCAAUUCGAGACACAGAUUGUCACACAGGGUAGAAAAGGGGUCAGUGCUAACCGAAAAAGAAAAUUUGGAACAAUCACAUUUUAGUUUUCUUUUUGAAAAUUUUUUUUUUGUUUAAAAAAAAGGUUUCAAUCGAUUAUUAUUAUUAUUUUUUUUUUGUUGUUGCAUUGUUCGAAAAGUAAGAAGUUUGACACAUGUUAAAAGAAAGAAAACCAAACCAGGAAAAUAAAUAAAAAUAGUAAUAAAGAAAGGAAAAAAAAAAUCAGAAGACUUACAGUAAAUAUUGUAAAAUUUCCAAUUCAUUUUAAGUAGACUAGUUUUUUUAAUGAUAAAAUAUUCUCAUUUAAUACCAUUAGAUGUAAAAAAAAACAAAAAAACACCAAAAUAUUGAUUUUUUAUAUGAUCAUAACGGUCAUCCUCAUGCAGCCACGCCCCUCCAGUGGAUAAGCUGAUGUUCCUCAAGGCCAGAUCGAGUGUCCGUUUCACCGAGAGCGCCAUGUUGAUAUCCAGUGAGGCGGGGAACCUGAGGUGGUGGAACAUCUACACGUCCCACAAAGAAAUGGGUAAGGGAAAUAACAAAUGCAAUAGAGCAUUAAAAACUUCUUACUUCCCUUAACCGUUUUAAUCUCGAAGUACGUCACAGUGAUGGGACAGGCGUAGUCUAGUUUCGUUGAAAUUUAAUUGAGUGCAAAAAAUAUCAGGUUGGUGCUAAAUAUUAUUUUAAGAAUAAGUUCUAAAUAGUUUUAUGUAUGCUAAGAAUAUUUGACAUUGUUGUAAUAACUCCGUCUAGUGUUUUAUCUUACUCUACAUCAGUGGUUCUCAACCUUCAUAAUGCCGCGACCGUUUAAUACAGUGCCUCAUGUUGUGGUGCCCUACCCAACCAUUAAAUUAUUUUCAAUGCUAUUUCAUAAAAAUGUGUUUUGCUUUGGUCUUAGACGACCCCUUUGUAAGGGUCGUUCGACCCUCCAAAGGGGUCGCAACCCACAGUUUGAUAACAGCUGCUCUACACCCAGGUUAUUGCUGAUGUUUUAUCUUACUCUACGCACAGGCUAUUUUUAUGCACCAAGCAUCCAAGAUGAGUCAGUAUUAGCUAUGUGCACCAAGCCGAACGACAGCCUGCUCAUCACUGGUGACACACAGGGGAUUGUACGGUGCUGGGAUAUCAUGGAAUACUGCACCAAGUAUGAAGGGGUAGGUCAUAGAAUCUACAUUGCAUGGUGCCUGGAGAUAAUAACAUUGUUUCUAUACUUUUAACGGUUGUUUACGGCACCAUGCUUAGAGUCCGCCUCCGUUUGAUAACCAGUUCCGAUAUGUAGUUAAGCAAAAAAAUGUUAAGGCAUGCACUUGAAUGAAAUGCUAAAUACAAAUUCCAGGGAACUCAUUACUUCGCAUUUAUAUUGGUCACUAUUGUAGGUGUCAUAAAGGUGUCAAAGAAACCCGAAUAUUUUAACCCGGCAUUGGAUGGCUGUAAAUUAAAAGAUAGAUUAAUGUUUAAAAAUUUGCUUGCUGGCACAUUAAACCAACGUGUGUACACAGCUUAGACGAAGACUCCAUUUCACAACUGUCGCUAAGGCUUAUUCUGUUUUAACUUCUGUCUUACGAAUUUUAUCAGUGUAAGUUUUUAAAGCUUGUUUUAGUGGAUCCCAACCGUUCCACAUAUCACCAGCCGUGUUACCCAUCUAAAGAAUUCCUAAAGAUUGCUCACUAAGGCAACACAUUUUAUAAAUAAAGUGGGUUUGCUGUUCCAAACACAGUUCGAAAUUGAACGCUAUGCUAUGCAAAGCCUUAACCUUUUCGGAAGGUAUUAAGACAUGUGGGAUGUGCUAAUGAAAUUACUUUAACGGUUCUGUAGCAUAAAGGUAUAUUGAUUUGGUCGUCUUCAGUUCAUCGUUAAGUCACCUCCUCCGCUAGAAUGUACCUGGAAGGCCCAUGACUCGGCCAUAGUUAGUGUGGAGUACAUUCAGCAUGACGCCGGGACGUUCAUCUUAACAGCAUCAACGGACAAGACAGCGAGGCUUUGGUCGACAGAAGGUCAUUUUAUUGGAACAUUUGGACAAGUAGGUGCAAUACUGGACAUUUCUUAUAAUUGAAAGAACCGAGAAUAGUAACAUUGUACAGCUUUAUAGCUUGAGAAGUGCAAUCAGUGGUUUAUUUAGUUUUGAAAAUUAUCGCACUUUCAAUAUUUCACACUAAUACAAAAUAUUUCAGAUAAGUUUUAAAAAUAAUAAUAAUAUUUUGUGUUCUUUUGGUUUAACAGAGGGAAUCUUGGAAUCUCAAGACUCCUUCCACCUGGGCACAUCCAAAAACACCUUGGUCUAAGGAGGACGAGAAAACUGCAGGUCAGUGUUAAAUUAUUUUUAAAAAUUGUUAUACCUCUAUUGAGCUCAAGUUACUAUAAGGUAAAACUCGAUUUUUACAUUGAUAUCAUUAUGAAAAUUCUCAUAAUUUUGAUGCAUCACUUAUCAUUCUUGAGUAUCUGACGUCAAGGAAAAAAACCCUCGAGGUUCAAAUUCAUACAUUUUUUAAUGACUGAGCCGUGCAUCAAGCCGCGUAAGUACCGUCCGUUGUUUCAGUUAUCAUACAUUAGCUCCAUUCAUCAAAUCGCUCACAGCUCACAGUGGUCCAUCAUCCAGCACUCCAGAAGUCAAUGAUGUCGAGGAAGAGAUCCCGGAGAGAGAAAUCACGGACAUCAAAAGUAUGAUAACACUGACCAUGGACAGCAGAGAGACAAGUUUCAGCUCAGCGAAACCGGUAACACUUUGUUACACGUAGACAUGACUGUUAAAAAGCAUUUUGAAAUUGAGAAAAGUUAUUCUUGUGGGGCACAAUCUACUAAACUUUUAUAGAAGCUUCUGCAACAACAACAAAAAUACAAUUAAUAUUAAUUAAACAACCCAUAAGAACAAAUGUUUUUCUUAUAAAUCCGUCAUGUGCAAUGUUUAUAUUUUAUAUUAAUAUUUUAAUGUCACACCGUUGCUACUCCGCAGAUUAAUUUCAACACUAUUCCAGAAAAAAAAAACGAAAGAAAAUAUUACGCACCGAUCUCUCUUGCUACAAUUCUUAAAACACAAUUCCUUUAGCGCUAUUAUCGGGGAAUUUUCUUUCCUAAAAUCAGUGACAUCACAUAUCCUUUAUCUGCUCCUUGAAAAACGGGAAAAAAUUGAUUUUUGGGGGUUAGGUUCGGGGAUUCUGUUAAAAAUUUGAUAGAUUGUGUUGUCAUUGGCAACGAGCCCCUGUGCCAAGUUUCAGCUCGAUGGUAAGUGGAUCAAUUAGCCGUGCGAACAUCUUUCCAGCCAGAAACACACGAACAAAAGGCUAAGUUAAUAGCAAGGAUUUCAGAACUAAGACAUCUCCCAUUCAUGUAACAUUGAUCUCAAAAUGGAAUAAUAAAAAGUAAAUUGUGUGAUACUCAACGUUACAGCCUGCGUUAAAGCCGGGGCUUCCCGUGGUGCACAUUUUGGGAAUCACCGUCAAAAUUGAUUUAUUUGAGUAUGAAAAAUAACCAAAAAAAAAUUGAAAGGCUUGUAAAGUGCAACUAGAAAUUCUACAUGUUUUCAUCUCUCCAAAUUUUUUAACAUCUCAUUUUUUUAUACUAUCAAAGCUAAAGUAGAAAUGGUUUUCUAAUAUUUCAAGAAAUUUGUUCUGUACAAUUUAUUGGCAGCCUAGAGAUCAAGAUUUUACUCAUUACUUUUAUAUUUCUAUGGUCAAAUGAUUCUUGCUUGCUUUUUUUUUCAUUUAAUUACUUUUAAUUUUUUUAAAUUUUAAAUUAGUCAUACAUUCUUGAGCAUACUAAGAAUUCUCUCCCACCCCCCCCCCCUUUUUAAAAAAAAAAAAAAAAAAUAUCGUUAUCAUGAAAAAAAAAGACAACAAUUUCUGAAAUACAACUUAAAUUACUAUAAAAAAUAAUUUCCUAACCAUUUUCUAGGUUUAAAAAAUACAUUUGUAUUUACAAAUGCAAAUCUCUUAAUAGCAUGAAAUCUCUUUGAGACAAAGUCACUCUGACAUGUUGCAUAAAACUUUGUCAUAUAACCAUAAUAAUAUUAAACUCAAUGAAUUUUAUUUUCCUGAAGACCAGUUGACAGAAAAAUAAUUUGAUUCAUACGUCCAUCUAGUUCUGGAUCUUGUACCGGUUCACAGUGUCAAACAUAAUGAUAACCCCACAGGCAUUGAGCGGACCGAACUCAUUUCUGUAGCCGUAUUCUACAGAGGCCUCUGACCUUUCAACAAUAUUCAUUGAUAAUUAAUCAAAUAUUAUUCUCUGUGGAUUUUGCUUUGCCGAGUGUGGAAAUGUGCGCUUGAAAAUUGUAAAAUGUGGAAAACGAGAAAUAAUUGUUUAUAGCCUAAGGGGAUCUGAUACAAUUAUACAGCAAUAUAUUAAAUGUAAAACAAAAAAAUCCCCCAAAACAUUGAUUCCAAAUGAUGAAUGUAACUUCAUAUGACUUAGGUGACGUGUUCCAGCUGCUGGUAUGUUUUCUAUAAAACAACUGAGAGAUCUGGGUAUUGGUAACCUGAGUUGCACGUUUGUAUCCCAUACUAUGAGUAGAUGAAGCAUUUUGAAACAUGAUUUUAAGAGUAAUUUUAAAAUUUAACGUUUUUCAGGCAAUUUAAUUCUAUUUGGAAAGUAGAUAUAAGAAUGGUAGAUAGAAAUAAAAUCAACGCUCACUCACUUAUACCCACAUACAUACAUACACAUGUCUGCACAUUUUAAUCUAUAUUUUGCUAUUUAUUGACUGUAAUUUUAUUACUAUUUAUAUAUUUCUUUUUAAAUUAAUAACAACACAAGUAGCAAUUAACAGAGGAAUCUAUUUCAUACAUUUUUAUUAACAUGUAAAUUUACAAAAAGUCAAUCCAAUUGUCGCUGGAAUUAUUUUUAUUGGUGAUGCUAUAAAAUAUUAUUGUCCGGCCUCCGAUCUCUCCUCAAGACUCUCUUGGGCAUCAAGGUGGAGAAGGACUUGGAGAGACGCCAGAGAGACAGGCAAGGGAGGCGUGUUCAGUUUGGAGAGAUCUCACAGCAGAAGACGUCACGUUUCGGAAAGCAGUGCUCCCCCUAUCAAGCCCUGACCACACCCGUUAGUUGAAUGCGUUGAAAGUUAUAACUAGAAUUGCAUAAAAUAAGUUGUUAUAUAUUAACACAUACCGCAUGAAAAAUAACAUCAGUGCUUUUCAUCUAGGUUUAUAUAUUAAGGAAUAAACUUUGUUGUACAAAAUUUGUGUUGGGCAUUUAACUAUUGAGUAAGUUGCUACACACACACAAUUCAUCUGUAUAAUAAAAUAAUAACAAUUUAGUUUGAGAUUACUCAUCACUUAAAGAACGAAACAAAAGUUUUUGUGUGACUCAUGAAAAAUGCUUCACUGAAUUUUAAGAAGUAGUUUUAAUUUGCCAUAAAAUGAAAGCCGCCGAGAUUACUGGAUAGAUAGGGAUAUAAUUUAUUUAUCCAGUGUGACUGAACUAACUUCUGAUAUACAUUAUAUUUUAGAGAAAUACUUUGAUUCUUGAAAUUCUUCAAUUCUCAGGACUGGCAAGAGGUCGAAAUUCCAAGUAAUCUCCCUUUAUCGCAGAGAAUGCAGCACCGCGGCUACUCCGGCAGCAACUUGACCCUGGACUACAUCAAAGCCAUGGACUUUUCUUACGGAAUGCCCGAGUCUCCGCCAGUGACCAGGGGCCCCACACCUGGAACGCGCGGGGUUACCCCGGGGCAUCCAGCACCAUUGGGCCAAGAGAAACUCGCCAGACUGCCACCCAUAAAGUCGGGCAAAGGGCGACCAUGCUCCAACAGACCGGUAACCAUUAAGAAGACUUCCUCUGUACUUUAAGUUAAACUUUUUCAAAGCCGUGACUGAACAAUGAAAUUUUAAUGUUAUUAAGAAAACAACCGCGGUACUCCACUCAUGGUUUUGUGAAGCAUUGAUGUUCUUUAAAAAAUGUAUUGGACUUGUUGACUGCUGAAAUUACAUAAUUCAAGAUAUAAUUUAAAAGUAAACGCUAUCUAUGUCAUGAAUGAAACGAUUCUGACAGGCGAUCUUAACGAAGUGAUUGUAAAAUUUACAAAAGACUAACAAACAAAAAAAGAAAAUGAAGAAUAAGCGCCAUCAAUUACAAAGAGAUGAGAACCUUCUAUAGUUUUCGCUCUACACUGUUAUAAUAUUUCUCUAUUUUUUUAUUAAAGAAUAAUAUUAUUCACUAGUGGCGGAAUGGCGGCAACCUGAUAAGAGAGCGUUGAUCCGAGUCGACUUGGUAAGAGAGUGUUGAUCCGUGUCACAACCUGAUAGGAGAGUGUUGAUCAAUAUCAACUUGAUAAGAGAGUGUUGAUCCGAGACAACAAGAUAAGAGAGUGUUGAUCCAAGUAAACUUAAAAGAGAGUGUCGAUUCGUGUCACAAUCUGAUAAGAGAGUGUUGAUACGUGUCACAACCUGAUAAGAGAGUGUCGAUUCGUGUCACAACCUGAUAAGAGAGUGUUGUUACGUGUCACACCUUGAUAAGAGACUGUCACUUGGUUUGUUUGUGACAUGCAGCAAAACAAUAUCAGCGUUACGAACAUUUUGAGAACCCUUGUAAAAUAUCUUAUCAGUUUGCAUUUCAUUAUUAUCAAUAAACUAUUUUCAAUUUAUCAAUAGCAUCAUUAUACUUGACUCUUUUUUUUUAUUUUAAAUAUUGAUAAUGGAGCAGCUGUUGCCUCCCUAUUCGAAUUGUGGAUGAAUGUUGUACUUUAAUGUCCAUGCUUCAUGUUGCGAUUCUGUCCUGUAGCAUUAAUUAACUCCUACACUCAUGUUUAUAAAAUGUAAUAAAAAGUGAAACAUGUUUAUUGUAAUAGAACGCCAAAUGAUUUUGUUAAAUGCAUGAUUGUAUUUAUAUUUUAGUUCAAUUCACUACUUCAAAGACACAUCAAUCUUAUAUGAACUAUGCACAUACAUUUAAAGAAAUUAUGUAAAAUACCCCCCUUCUCCCCCCCCCCACCCACCUGUUUGCACUGUUAGUCUUUCACUGUAAUGACGUACUUAUUUAUUAUUAAAUUUUUAGUUUUUUAAAAAACGCACUGUGAUAUUAAAAAAAGCCAUUAAAGAAAAG